ACAUCAUGACGAUCUUCCGCGCCUCUCCCCUGGCCUUUUAAUCUCCCUGGAAACUACAACAAUCACGCUUAAUUACUUAGACUAUUUACCACUUAGAGCGACGGAAGUACAUGGACAACAAUGACAGCGUUAUUCGACGAUGGGUGUUUGAGGAGACAAAUCUCAUCGUUACAUCGUUAACUGCGUGCUGUGUACUCUACACUCGCUCGGCGGGCGUUGCUUACUUCGCGGCAGGCGCCGUCUGCUGCUCGCUCUCCGUCAAAGUCAUCAAACGCUUCAUUCGCCAGCCUCGGCCUCUACAUCCCACAUCAAAGAAGAAAACGUACGGCAUGCCCAGCACACACUCCGCCACAAUCUCUCAUUUCGGCGUCUACAUCCCGCUCGCAUGUUUCUACCUCCCUCUCCACCCAUCCUUCCCACAAUCACAAUACACUCGAAUCAUCCCACCAUUCAUCGUCAUUCCCUGGGCUAUAGGAAUAAUUCGUUCGAGAAUCUGGUUGGGUCAUCAUACGUGGCAACAAUGUGCUGUUGGGUGUUUGUACGGGAUUAGUUUUUCGUUGGUUUGGUUUGCACUUUGGGUGAAUGGUGUGAAUAAGUAUGGGCGGAUUGUUGAAGAGGAGGUUAAUAGACUUAUUCCUUGGUAGAAUUUACUCCGUAGCACAUACAUACAUACGUAGAUAUCUUCUUUUGCAUACAUACCCUUCAUCCCACACAUGUACCCAUACCUACAACUUAAUCACUAACGCACCAUCAUCCCUAUACCUCUCAACCCACCCUUUAAUCCCACCUUCAAGGUACAAACCCUUACUCCUCGUAACAGCAAUACCCUUCUCAUUUAACGCGUCCUGGUAGUACGCCGCCACCUUUCUCCCACGCGACAUUGCAGACCCGCACGAUUGGCAGUGGAAGAUCACGAGUGGGAUAUUAGAGAGUAUGGAUACCACACCAGCUCGAGUGGGGUAGAAAGAGUGUGCGGGGAGGUUGAUCGCGCCGGGGAUGGCGUAGUCCUAUCAAAGUAUCAUUCCUAUUAUCAGAUAGGUUCUGUUAGUGAGUUAUGGCUGGUCUGGCUCAACCUCGAAAUCCGUCCGACGGACAUCGACUACGAUAUAAU